AAAAAUACUUCGAUCGAGCUUAUGAAAGUUUCCGUGUAUCUUCUGUAUAUUACGUGGAUUAUAUUUCUUAAAUUUACUAGCUUAGUUGCAUUUGACAUUAUAACUUAGCAAAUCGAACACAGGCACAAUAACUGAUCACGGAUUUAUUUCAUUACAUAAUUAUACUAAUUAUACACAAAUUAUGCCACAAUGUUGCUUUGCUGGAUGCCAUAACCGCACUGAUGACGGACGCGGCCUAAGUUUCUUCAGGUUUCCUCGUAGAGAUGCUGCCCGGACAGAAUCUUGGAUUAAGGCAUGCGGUCGAAAAGAAUUUGUCCCAUCUCAACACUCACGUGUUUGUUCGCAGCAUUUUAAGUACGAUGAUUUUGAAAGGGAUAUUCGUUCGGAGCUUAUGGUAAUCGGUCACAAAAGAUUGCGUCUAAAAGAAACUGCCGUACCUUGCCCUUCUGCCUUUUUACAAAAUAGUACUAAACAAUUAGAGUCAGAUAAACUGUCAAGUAAUUCAAAAAGAAGAUCCACACUCAACAGCCAAACCGAAUAUGAAGCAGCACAAGAUAAUUCAGGUUCAUUGUUCUCCACAUUGAGGAAGGCAUCGCCGAUAGAAUCUCUGGGAGAGAUGGAGCCCCCGUUAAAGAGGCAAUGCUUUGAUGAUGUAUUAGACUUAAGUCGAAAGUCUAACCAUGUUGAUAAUGGCAAUGAAAAGCUUUCAAGCAAGAACGAUGAUGACGUCAUAAUGUUGAGUGAGGAUGAGGAUGAUCGUCUACUUGGAUCUCUGUGUGAUGAAAUGGAAAAAGAAAACACACCCAAACAAUCCCUUCUAUCAAAGUCGCGUGCAUUUCUUUUAAAACUGGAAAAUGAACUUAGAAACGAAGAAAGUACAUUAGUUUUACUCCAGCAGUUGCGGGCCAAUCAACGCUCGCAUGCAUUACAGUCAAAAAGUACUAAAGUUUCGUCAGCUGUAACAACUACUGUCCGUAGUACACAAUCACCAGUUACUCAAGCUGUCAGUCAAACUACGACUAGAAAUGUUCCAUCAACAACCAGUAGUCGAGCAACUCUAUCUCCAGCUCAAAACAGUACGACGUUGAAUCCAUCAGGUGCAACGGCAAUAACAAAAGUAACAAAAGGAAUGGCUAUUCAUGCCCUUGAACAACAAUGUAGUGGCAAAAAAGCAAUGCUUCGGAAGCAGUCGGAAAGAACUCUAGAUAAUGUAGUUCUCCCAAAGCCUGCCGUUGGGAAUGGACUAUCUGAGGUACCUUUCGUUCCAAGCACCCUGACAAAUGGGUUUACUGCAAUGACAGGCCUUGAGGAAAUCGUAACUACCAUACAAGACUUUGAUCCACUGAACACGGAUAAAAGUACCGAACAAUCUCGCUUUGUUAACCCAUUCUCAUGUUCACGUUGUGGUACAGACUUCACACCUGUAUGGAAAUGCAAACUCCCAGGUUCAUCUGUAGUUAGUUGUGAAGCUUGUAUGGUUGAUAGUCAACGUUCAGCCAUUCAUAAAGCUUACAGUAGUGUUAUUUCAGCUGCACUUAAACAACAUGCUGCUUCAGAACGUGUUAUUGAACACGAAUAUCAAGACGUAAUCAAUUCUCCAGCUAAGUUGGAAGCUUUCAUUAAAGAACAUGAACGUAAGCUUCUGGUAACUCAACAAGCUCAAGUGGCCCAACAACAACAACAACAAAUGCAACAAGUCGUCUCAGCUUCUGGUGUACACAAUCAAAGGUACCACCAACAACAGCAAGGAUUCCAAUCGCAGAAUGUAUUUAAUAAUGCUAAUAGCUCAAGACACGGACAAACAAGUGUAGUUAACAGCGCUUCCUCAUCUCAGUUAGGAAUACCAAAUGUCUCGUCUCGUCGACAAGGUGCGUCCAAUAACGUUAGCGUCAAUUCUCCUGUUUCCCUACCUAUUCAGCAGCAGGGACAUUCAGCAGGAGAUGUCGUCCAGCAUUUGACAUCUCGUUAUCAACAACUCACAAAAGCGGCUGUGGCUGCAGCUGUUGGUGGUGGUGGUCCAAAUCCAGUCAAUCAUUCUGUUGCUAGUAAUGCAGCCACUGCAAACUUAAUGAUGUCUGCAGCCGCAAAUCCUAUGCUUGCAGCAGCAGCAGCGGCAGCAGUUUCGGCAACUAAUCAACAACAGCAAUCGGUCGCCCAACAGCAGUUAACUGCUGCGGCAUUCGCACAGCAAAGGUUAGCUGCAGUAGCAGCCCUUAACUUCCAACAUCAACAACCGCACCAUACACAACCUUCAACUGGGGCUGUAACACCUAAUUCACCCAUUGAUCACUUGGCUCAGUUAACUCAGAUGCAGACAUUGUUGAUGAGCAGUUUCUUGGGAAAUGCAGCCGCUGCUACUGGUGCGCAAGCGACAGCUAAUACUAGACAACAGCAACAGCAAAUAUUGCAGCAUGCACUUAUACAAUAUACCUACUUACUACAACAACAACAGGCAGCUGCAGCUGCUCAAGCCCAACAACAACAGCAACAACAAAAUCAGCAGGUUAACGCUGCCGCAUUGCAACAGCUAAUGAGUGGUGCCGCAGCUAAUCCGGCAGCUUGUAUGACGUUGUUACAGAAUUUGUGGGCUCUUAAUGCUGCGUCGAACGGUGUCAAGAAGUAGUACUUACUUCUUAGUACUUUAUUCCUUAUAUAAUGACUUCACUGUUUUGUGUGUCUAUUUGUUACUAGUAUCUGAAUUUUUAUGACUUCACGAUCCCAUAUUUCUGUUUGCUGUGCCUUAUUAACUGCAACGCAUACAGCCUACUUAGACAUAAAUCAAUCAUUUAUUUUAGGCUGUUGUUUUUUUUACAUCAUGUUUGGUUGAUUACAUACACCUAAACACUAGCUCUUUAAAAUCACUCAUUCAUUUUUCUACAUUGUAUAUAUCCCCAUAUGUCUAUAGCAUUGUUUCAGUUUCAUUUGCUUAAUCAAUGUUAUUUCUCUGAUUUUUCAGUAAACAUAUCGUGUUGUUAAUUAUCGCUAACACUUGUUCUCGUCCUAUAUAUUCAUGUGUCUGUUUUGUGACACUGUGUGGUUCGUUUAGAUUUUAAGCAUAGUGAGGAAGUAAUAAAUAAG